AUGGAAUUCGUUGAUAAGUUCAUGGACUCGUAUUGGGACGUUGCUAAAGACAUUGACUUCAACUCCAAGAAGUUGCAACUGUCCAUCUUCUUUGUGGUGUUCAACCCAUUGUACUGGAACUUUGGAGCCCGUCUCGAGUACAACACCAAACUGCUUUCCAAACUGGCCUUUGGAAGCAAGCUGCUUGCCGUGUACCUGUUCUCCGUUAGUGUGUUCACUCUUGGCCUGAUCAGAGAUCAUGUUUACAAAGAGGCUAUUUUGGAGCAGCCAACCUCGCCGCUGCUGGACGUUCCUCUUGUUAAGGCAUUGGGCGUGCUCUCAUUUGGUGUUGGAUCCGUGUUUGUGUCCAGCUCCAUGUACAAGCUGGGAAUAGUCGGAACUUACCUCGGAGACCACUUUGGCUUCCUCAAGGACGAGAGAAUCACAGACUUCCCAUUCUCUGUUCUUGACAACCCAAUGUAUGACGGCUCCACCUUGUGUUUCUUGGGAACUGCUCUGUGGUACGGAAAGGCCUCUGGAAUCUUCAUUUCCGGUCUCGUCUACGCCAUGUACCAGCUGGUCGAGCUGCUCGAGGAGCCAUUCACCGCCAAGAUCUACCAGAAGCGGGAGGAGCAGAAAAAGGUCAAAUAA